AUGUCAUCAAAGCGGCAGCGCAAGCACAAGGAACUCGGCUCUCUCAAAACGAAACAACAUGCUCCUCAAAUCGAUGCGCUGGACCUGCUCGGGGAGGUGGACGAGCUCGGCGACGACGGCCUCAACGGCAGCAACGCCCUGAUCCUCACCGCCCAGCCCAAGGGUGGCAAGGCGGCCGCCAAGCAGGCGCGCGCGCAGGAGCAGCAACAGCGCGCGCUGAGCAAGGCGGAGCAGCGGAAGCUGAAGCAGGUGCAGCUGAAGAAGGAGCGGCGCGACGGGUUGGAGCAGGUGUUCACCCAGCUGCAGCAGAGCAGCGUCGCCGACGACCGCCUGCAGCUGCUGCGCCCGCUGCACAUGCGCGGCGCGCGGGAGACGAAGAAGCAGCGGCUGCGGCGCGCGCUCAAGCUGCAGCGCGCCGGGGUCGAGACGGAAGCUGCCGCAGAGCUGCUGGUUGAGCGGCGUCGGCCCAGGGGCAGCUCUGGCGGCGGUGGUGACAGCAGCAGCGGGAGCGAAGGCAGUGAUGACGAGGAGAGCGACGAGGAGGCGGGGCGGUCGGCACGAUUCGGGGCGAAGGGCGGCGCCGCGCAGCCUCCCGUCGCGGAUGAGGGCGAGCGAGUCGAGCGAGCAGAGCAGCAGCAGCAGGGGCAGUGCGAGGUGCCUGCCAAACGGCAGAGGGUGGACGCGGGGCAGCAGCAGAGGCAGCAGAAGGAGCAGCAGCCUGCCCAGCGUCCGGCCGCGCAGCCCGUGGAGGGCGCCAGCGACGAGGAAGGGCCGGCGGCGGCAGCACAUCAGGAGAAAGGAGAGGAUGGGAGCAUGGCGUGA